UGUAGUCCAGCGCCGCCACAACAUGGCGGACUGUCUGGAGCGGGUCCGAGUCUCCGAGGCCGAGCUCCGGGAAGUCGCCCGAAACCUCAGCACGGCGGCGGCCCGCGCCGACCUUCCCAAGGAAAGCAAGGAGCCGAGAUCCCGAAGGGACAACAGACGACCUGAUAUUCAGUUUUACCAGCCCGGUGUUUCCAGGCUGAGAAACAACAGACAGAAAACAUCACAGCUGGAAACCUCUGUAAAGGAGGAGACCAAUGGCAAAGAUUCUGGUGGGAAUAAGGAAGUUCAGUGCCAGUCUAUGCCAAAGAGGAGCUGCUCCUUGACUGCUGAGGGUCACAGCAAUGGUGCAAGUAACCAGGGAAGUGCCAACAGGAACGGACAGUUAAAUAGACAUGAGGAGGACGAUUCAAAGUGGACUGAGGAGCAGAUUGAGAGGAGUACUAACUCUAAUGCUGUUGGGAAGCAAUUGAAGAGGGUCAAAAAACCAGAUCGUCAGAUCUACCAGCCGGGCCGACGUGUGCAGGUGCUGGGUAAACAGUCAACUAACAGGCCGUGCAGUGAAGAGCUGGUAAAGAAAGUAGAAGAGUUGAGGCUGGUGGAUGACGGUAAGAAUGUCUCUGAGGAGAACACGGAGACUGGUGAAAGUAAAAACAGUUGGGGAGACAAAGAGAAGAUUGAGCCAACUAUUGAGGUGAACAUUGGCAAAAGAGAAAAGGGGAAGAGAGGGGGAAGGAAGGAAGUUGUAGCUCAGGGGAAUAACUUUGCAGCAGAAGCUGAAGACAGUCGAGUUUUUCGAUCCCAGGCCAGACCAGAGAAACCUGGAGGGCCGUCGAAACGCUACUCCAGGUCUGACAAGCGCAGGGGGCGUAACCGCACGUGCAGUACCAGCUCUGCAGGGAGCAACAACAGCUUUGAUGGGCCUUUGUCCCAGCAUGGAGCUGCUGAUGGAGAAAGGAAAAAAGUGGCAAUGAAGGAAAGGAGGCCGCCUGAGAGGAAAGAAAAGUUGCGACCUUGCAAACAGAUUUCAAUCUCAAGCACUGAUUCUUUAGAAGAUGACUGCGCUGAUGAGAACAGGAAUCAGAUGUCAGUAAAGAGCCCUGAAAAGCUGAAAGGUUUGGAGAAAGAACGGAUGCUCGGCAGGAACACCGAGGGCUCAGACUGCUGGAAUAGGGAGAGUAAAACUGCACUCAAAAUUAGGAUUGACAAUGAAACAAGCAACAGGGCCAUCAUAACACCGAAGAAAAACUCAGAGGAAAAGAGCAAAGGGAGAGGCAAAGCAGGAAGGCCAGAGGCCAAACCGAACCCGUCAGGCAGCAGGCCAAGUGAGAACUCUGAGAAAAGGGAGAAAACUGAGGAACCGAGAGGAAAGGGUCGGGGGAUCUUAGUCCUACCUGCUAACACUGAUCUGUCAUCAACAGCACCGGGCUCUCCAGAUUCUCCGCAGGUGGGGCCGAGGCUUCUGUUUGGGCGGAGCUCUCGGAGCCGAGGUCGUGGUGGGACAUCGCGGAGACUGUGGGAUCCCAACAACCCUGAUCAGAAACCUGCCCUGAAGAGCCAGAGUGCUCAGCUCCAUUUCCUGGACACUGAUGAUGAAUGCAGUUCAUCAUCCCAGGGAGAAACCUACUCAUCCUACACACACCCAACUCCCGCAGCAUACUACAAAUUCCAGAACUCGGAUAAUCCGUACGGUUACUCCAGAGCUGCGGUGCCGGGCCCUCAGUAUCCCUAUGGUCCUUAUACAAUGCCGUACCAGAUAAGUGGCAAUAACAAUAUCUAUCCUGCAACAUAUUACCCGAGCUACCCAGCUUCUCAGUUUCUCACUCCCUAUCAGGCUGGGCAGCUGAACCCAGAAGACGUGGAGCAGCAAGUCCGGACCUUACAGCAGCAGGAACUUGGCAAGCUCCUGCGGAUGGCAGACAAUCAGGAGCUCCAGCUUAGCAACUUGUUGUCCAGGGACAGCAUCAGUAAAGAUGGACUGGAGAGAAUGGCCCAGCUCAGGGCAGAGAUUCUAAUGCUGUAUGAGCGAUGUAUCCUGACUGACAUCGAAUAUUCGGACACCCAAAAUGUUGAACAGACGAUGUGGAAGAAUGCCUUUUAUCAGGUGAUUGAGAAGUUCCGUCAGAUGCUGAAAGAACCUUCAGAGAAUGGAGAUGAAAUCAGAGGAAAGCUUUUGAGUUUAUUGGAUGAGGGGACCAACUUCUUUGACAACCUCCUGCACAAGCUGCAGAUUACAUACCAGUUUAAACUGGACGACUACAUGGAUGGGAUGGCCAUACGCAGCAAGCCGCUUCGCAAAGUGGUGAAAUAUGCACUGAUCAGUGCCCAACGAUGUAUGAUCUGUCAGGGAGACAUUUCCCGCUACAGGGAACAAGCCAAUGAUACCACAAACUAUGGGAAGGCUCGCAGUUGGUAUUUGAAAGCGCAGCAGAUUGCACCAAAAAAUGGACGCCCUUACAAUCAGCUUGCUAUUCUAGCCAUCUAUACGAGGCGGAAGCUGGAUGCUGUCUACUAUUACAUGCGAAGUCUCGCUGCCAGCAAUCCAAUCCUUACAGCUAGGGAGAGUCUGAUGAGCCUCUUCGAAGAAACCAAGAGGAAGGUAUGGAUAACUGAAAAGCACAAUCUGCCGUUGACCAGCCUGCCACCACCUGAACCUGAUGUACUGGCUGAAAUUGUGUCUGUUCCAUUCCUACCUGUCGCCCAGGGCUGGCAGAACAAUGCAAGAGACCUGGCUGAGUUCCAUCUGAGCCAGAGCAUCCAUUACCCCCCGACCCACAGCCGAGCCCGCAGAAACCUGGCUGCAGCUCUCGGUGAAUUCCAAUGUGCCGCAGCAACCCCAGCUAACCCCAGGCUGAAUAAAAGAUUUAUCCUGAAUUUCCUCCAUGCCCAAGGGAAGCUGUUCACAAAGAUAGGGAUGGAGACCUUUCCUUCAGUGGCUGCAAAUGUUCUGAAGGAGUUCCGAGCACUGCUUCAACAUAGUCCAUCCCCCCUUGGUAAUACCCGCAUGCUGCAGCUCAUGGCUAUAAACAUGUUUGCUGUGCACCAUUCCCAGCUUAAAGAUUCUGGUUCAGAGAACUGCCGAUCAGUGAUACAGGAACAUGCCACGGCACUUGGACUGGCCAUAUUCGGCUUGCUAGUGGAACGCUGUGUUGAACAGUUAAAGGAAACUGCUAGAGCCCGCUCAAGUGAGGAGGAAGAUGAUGAUAUUAAAGUGUCCACUUUCAGUUUCGACCUGAAGGAGCUGCUUCCCAGUGUGAAAGUGUGGUCUGAUUGGAUGCUGGGCCACCCAGAUGAGUGGAACCCGCCACCUAACUCCCUCAUCCUGCCAAAAGAAAUUGCCAUCGAUGUGUGGGCCAUACUGGCAGAGUUCUGCAACAUUUUCACAGCUGUCAACCAGUCAGAGGUACCGCUGUACAAGGACCCGGAUGAGGACCUCACCCUACUUGUUCUGGAGGAGGACAAGAUCCUCUCAGGCUUUGUUCCUCUGCUGGCUGCCCCUCAGGACCCGUGCUACGUGGAGACAGCCGCAGAUAAGGUAAUAGCGGCUGACUGCAAGAGGGUCACAGUGCUAAAGUACUUCCUGGAAGCUCUGUGCGGCCAAGAAGAACCUCUGUUGGCAUUCAAGGGUGGAAAGUAUGUGUCAAUGGCACCCAUCCCAGACAGCCUGGGAAAGGAAGAUGGAAGCCAGCAGGGAAAACAACUGGAGGAUCAGGAAGAAGAUGUCAUCAUUGAAGAAUACGAGGGACAAAGCUCUGAGCCCGAUGGCAGCGGAGGGGAAGAUGAUAUAAAGGAAUUAAGGGCAAAAAAGCAAGCGCUAACUAAAAGAUUUGUGGAGCAGCAACGCAGACAGGAAAAAAUCCAGGCAGUAUUAGAAGAUCAGACAUUCAAGAGACAGAUCGAGAUUGAGAUAACACCUGUCUUUCUAGUGCCAGACACGAAUGGAUUUAUUGAUCAUCUCCCCAGCUUGGUCAGACUGUUGGACUGUAAGCUGUACAUCAUCGUGGUCCCACUUAUUGUGAUAAAUGAGCUGGAUGGUCUGGCUAAAGGCCAGGACACAGACUACCACGGUGGAAACCAUGCCAAAUUGGUGCAGGAGAGAGCCAAGAAAGCCAUCGACUUCCUGGAGCAAAAGUUCGAAUCCCGUGACUCAUGUCUGCGGGCUCUCACCAGCAGAGGUAACGAACUGGAGUCAAUUGCGUUCCGCAGUGAGGAUACAACUGGGCAGCAGGGUAAUAAUGAUGACUUGAUUCUCUCGUGCUGCCUUCAUUACUGUAAGGAUAAGGCUAAGGACUUCAUGCCAGUGCACAAAGAUGAGCCCAUUCGCCUGCACCGUGAUGUUGUAUUGCUGACAGAUGACCGGAAUAUGAGGGUAAAAGCUUUGACUCACAAUGUGCCUGUUAGAGCCAUCCCUGUCUUUCUGAAGUGGGCCAAGGUGGGAUGAAGAAAUGGAGCCAGGAAAAACUCUCAUCCUCUGGAUUCCAGUGAAAAUCGUCGAGAGCCCCAGAGCUCGACCAUGGCAACCCACCCCUCCAUUAAAAAGCUAACAUUAAGAGAUGACGAGAAUCAAUAUGCAGUAGAAGAUUGUGAUUGGUUACCAAGAAAAAAAACAAGUAAGCUGAAGAGGCAGGUCUUGAGAUGAGACUUUUGAUGGGUCUUUUCAGGAGCAAGUUGGUCAUGGUGGGUUAAUAGAGUAAUAUGAGAGGUGAACAUCCAGAUGCAGGUUGGUGAGAGGAAGCCUUCUUAACCAGCGGAAGGAAAGGACACCUUCCCUGGGGGGAGGGUUCUUUGAAUAAUACGUGGAUUGUUUUGUGAUGGAGAUGGAAUAAUCCACUCUGCUUUGCUCAGCACGUCUGUAAACCCCACCGUCACCCUGAAUCUUCCUCAUAUCAGAGGCAGAAAGGAGAGAGGGGAGUAAGCUUUGAUGAUUUGAUUCGCUGCUGGUUCUGUGGUGUCAUUUAUUUGGCAGGAGGAAUUUCACACAAAGAGAGAAGAGUUAAAAUAAUUUACAAUAAAUUGAACCUGACAUGGCCUUGAAAAAAAGACCUCUGUAAGGUUAGCCUAAAUUCAAGGCAGCUUUUAAAGGGUCAUGUUGAGGGUCACAGUCACAGUAUUGCAGAUAAAGCUGGCUUUUAAUUGGCCUUGUAUAAAAGGAUUCCUGGCACCAGCCUAUCGUCAGGUUGAUAAUGUGUUCUUAGUCCACUGGGUCAUUGCAUGAUGGAGAUUGUAGAGUUACCAGAUUAAAACGGAGGGAUGUUUUAUUGAACUGCGGUUUACUAUUUCCCUACGUAGUAGACUAUAAUCUGGUGAGUCAAACACAAGGCAAUGAGUGUGCUACAGUAGCAACUCCAGUGUGAGCUGGUUACAUACAGCUGCCCUUUCACAAGCUGCUCGAUGCCCAAGACCUUUGGCAUUUGGGGGAAGUUGGAGAUAAUUCAGUUCAAGGAGGGCCAGAGAGGGGUUCUGUUACACUGCGGGCCAAUGAUUGAGAUAUCUGGUGCCUCCUAAUCCCUGGUCCCUGCCAAGCUAUCAAGUAGCUAGGACAGCUACUCAGCUUUGUGAAGUUAAAACAUGCAGGGCUCAGUAAUAUUUCAGCUGAGAAAGUCCGUACCUGGUUCUGUGGUUUCGGCCCCUUUUAUGAAGCAAAGCAAUUUCAAAAAUUGGUUUAUUUUAGACUUGUUUUCAUUGCUUUUUUUUUAAAGAAAAUAGACUUAGAUGUUUAGAUUUGGUUACAGGUGGCCAGGUAUCUGGAUUUGGUUUUAUUUACUGUUGAGUGGACUUUAUAGAAUAGUGGAAACUUUUGGUUUUAGUGCAAUGGGAGUGAGUUCCGUUUAAUUUAGCAGGUGUGUAUGUGUGUGAAUAAAAUAAUUUAGCAUGUUAUGUAGAUCUGCAGUAUCUAGCCAGUUAGUUUGGUAGCAGAUAGCCUUUGUCCAGUGCUGCAACCAGCUGAGGGCAACUCUCUUCCCUGUAACGUCAAAACAUUGUCAUGUAGAAGAGAGUUGUAGUGACUUAGCAACUCCUGUAACUACCAGUCCAAUAAAAAAGAGAUGAAAAGACA